AUGUCCUCCCGCGUCCUGCGAACUGUCAGACCCGGGGGUCGUGCUCAGCAGUGUACUCCUUUGGAAGGCAGCUGGGUAAGAACUGGCAUCAAGAAGGAAGAGAGGAGGGGAGAAGCGGCGGGGGACCAGGUCGCGGAGCCACUACCGCCCGUGGAGGUCACGCUGUCCGGAAUGCUUACCUUGGUUGCGGAUGGUGGGCUGGCUCUCCAGGCAGCUGGGCAGGUAGGGCGCGUUGGGGAACAUCCUGGCCUGGCCCGAGGACGCCUGGCUGGGCGGGGGAGGACCGAAGGGUCCGUAGCGACAGGCCCCGGCUGUACCGGUGAACUGGCCCGAGAAGUGCAAGGUGAAGGCGCUCAGACACUGCUCCUCGUGCGGCUCGGCGCCGCCCCAGCUGGGCUCCUGUUUGAUGAAGGAGUGGGGUGGCGGCGGAGGCGGCGGCGGAGCAGGAGGAGGCGCGGGACCGCCCAGCGACCCGUAAGCCGAGGCGCCCGGAGGCGCGAAGUCCAGCACCGGCGCCCACUGCGCCGCGCCGCUCACGGGGAGCCCGCAGCCGCCGCUGCCGCUGCCCAGCGAGGACACGGCGGGCAGCAGCGCGUUCAGGUCCCGCACGUCGGAACCCAUGAGCUGCGUUUCGGAUGCGGACGGCUCUCCGCUCCUCCGAUCCCGCGGACUCUCGGCGCUGGACUUGGCCCAGGUGCUGCGGGGACCUCGGUCCCCAGGCUGCUCCGGCUGCUGAACGCACCCGGGCUCCCGGCGGAGCGUGUGCUGAGACGCCGGCUCCGGGACACACGUGGAAGCCGGCUCCUGCGACAGGAGGAAGUCCAGGAUCGCGGCGAGGAGGCGGCGGGCCCGGGUUCCUGGGCUGCCGUCCUCUCUCUGGGUGGGUGGGUGAAUGAGUGGGUGGGAGGGAGGGCGGGAAAAGGAAAGGGGGAGCGGGCAGGCGGUCGGGUUGCGGAGAGCCCCGGGUGUGGGCGAUGCCUUGAACUCCUUACCCCAGCUGCCUGGCUGCCCCCAGCUUUCCAAAGCUCAAAUAAGAGGGGCCGGCGGCAGGGAAGGAGGAGGAGCCAGGAUGCUCGGCCGCUCCAUUCACACAGCAGCCCUAGCCUAGCUCAGCAAAGCGCGCUGCGCGUCUGGGUUACUCGCACCGGGGGUGUGGGGCGGGCCCGAGGGAGCGUUCAUCUCGGAGACACCCUCCUCUCUGGCCCGCCACGUGCUCUCAGCUGGCCUGUACGGCAAGCCUCCCCCUGCCUCCCCAGCUGGCCUUCCAAGAGGCAAGGCCCUCUAGGCUCUGGCCCACAGGAUGCAAGUCCCUAUCCGGUGGCCGAAAGAGGAGACAAGAGGAGAGAGAAAUUUCCAGAACCCAGACAGCAAGUGAAGUCAGUAGGAAGAAAGGGAGGUCCAUCUAUAAGGAAGGCUGACCUCCUGAAGGAACAUAGUAGACCAUGCUGACUGCCUGCAACCUGCAACCUGAGGAGUCUUUAUGGUGUUCUAAGAACCACCUGGAGCCAUCACAUUUGAUACUUAGCAUUCUCACAAGUGAAAACAGAUUCAGGAGAGCAGGCUGGAAAGUUUCAGGAUCCAUUCUGAAAUUAUAUCUCUGUUGUUUAACAGUUUCCUCAAGAUUGAAACAUUCCAUCCUUAGAAAAGCUCCUUAAACCAGAAGGUAAACAAUUCAAAAAAGCUUCUGGAAGUCCCUGAAACUGACCAGAUUCAUUAGGCCCCUCCUGCCCUAUUAUACAAUGGAGCACAGAGUCCCUCUGAGACUCGAGGAGCUGCAGAGGAGACUGAGACCAGACUACCUGGAAAAAAUGAAAAACCCCUGAGCUAUCUGGAAGAGGACUAAACCAGAGUCACUUACUUGGUCUAAAAGAAGGCACUCUUCGAUCUUCACUCUGUUGAGCUGCCUGCAUACUGUACAGUGUGUUCCAGGUUCCCAGCUUUGUGAGCUGUCACCUAUGCUGGGGUGGGCUUUGUUGAUGCAACCGUCUGUGAGUCAUUUCUGCUCCUAAUCCAUAAUCCUGUAAGUAACCCCAAUAAAACUCAUUGAUUGACCAA